CAACAGCGUGGAGCGUUGUACUACGAAAAGGCUCUGCCUAGAAUUUUGAUUUCUCUGAACACGCUUCUGUGUGUACCGCUACCUCGUAUGCCUGCGCGUGGAAUUGAGAACCGUGUCGGGCAUGGAUACCUUCGUGUCGCGUCCGUCACGUGAUCUUUUGUGCGCCGGGUGUGGUGAGCGACAGGAACAGCAGGAUAUUGCCACUCUGGAUAAUUGUGACACCGCUUAUCAUCCUGUAUUGUGACAAGGAGUUCUCCUCAUCUGACACGCGCCAGUGCGUAUGUCGCCGCAACCUAUUCAGGGAAACAAGUGAGCGGAAGGCAAGUUUCCAGGGCAACGGGGACGGCACACGCACAAGAGAGGCUGCAUCUCUGUCAUUCUUUGUUCACGUGAUCACUACGCACUCCAAGAGAUAAAGGCAAGCCGAACAGCGGCCACACGAUUACUAGUCUCCCUGUAACAAGUGAGAAACAACGAAGGAAGAGGCCGGUUUACCUGCCUGAGACUUCAGCGCCAGCACACAUCAGCGCCAUGAAGACGUCCGUGAAACUAAGCACUCUGGUGAAGACAAGAAAGCCUUCCAGCUAAGCGAGGGACAUUUCGGUUAGCGCAACUUCCACGAUAACAGAGACCACAGGUUUUUUUUUAGGAACACGCUGGCCAGGAAGUGCCUUCGCCAGGACCAUAGGCCAAAUGACUUGCGUAGCGCAUUAUGAAACGCGACCGUGAUCAGUCUCCAACAACUAGCGAUCGGCCCGCCGAGAGUAGGGCGAAGGACCAUCCAGCAGAGCCCUCCAACGAAGCACUCCCCCGCGCUCGUGCAAACACUAGCAACCGUAGAUGCCACAAAACUAAGCCCUGUUCCGUUGUGAUACAGCGGCUCUCUGAGGUGGCGCUCCGAAGACUUAUUCAACAGAGUAGCACGGAAGGUGCGAAACUGUCUGAGGGCGGGAGAGACGUGGGCUGUACUCCAGUAGCCAGUCCAACAGCCGACGAAUCGCAGGCCACCAGAGAUGUUGGCUGCCUCCAGAAGAGCUCUACGGCGCAGCUGUCCAAGAAGAGGCAUUCCUACCGGGAGUCUGAUGACUCCUGGUGCUGCAGAGACCGUUGUUCGACCUUCGUAGAGAGGGACGACGAAGCAGGUUGUCGGAGUGAGGAACUGUCUGACAUUAUCAAUUUCCUCAUUCAAACCGACCCGAAAGGACGUAAAGAAGAUUAUGUGGAGAUCGUUCAGGAUUCGAAUAUCCCUGCGUCAAAGCAAGACGUGUAUACCUUUGCCUACGACCCCAAGAUGACGCUCGAUCGCUCAGGCGUGCCUGAGUUGUCAAGCGAUGGUGUCACAGGCGAACGAUUACACGAUAUACGUCAACAUAACCAAAGUCCCGCUUGCCCGUCUCCGGACGCUAGCAGGAUCAAGGAGUUCGAAGCACACAACCGGCUGUUACCUUUACGCGAAGGAGGGUCCGUUGAGAACUUGUUAGAAUCCAAGCAGACGCAAUCAGGCGAGAGUCUUAUUAGCGCCAGUGACUCCGAAGGUCGUCUUGUGAUAGACGAUGGUAACGACGUCACUUCUGAUAAUGCAGUUUUGGCAGAAGCUUAUCGCGGCCACACAAAUGGUGGUGAAAGCGUUUGCGAAGAUGCCCUCAUACGAAGAGACAACGAACCGGAUCCCACGUCUGUUUCUGACGUCGCGGACAAGGCAAGCACAGAGAGGAGUUAUCCCGGCGUCACGCCGUGCUUGAUGGAAAAGGGGGAAAGCGAUGUGGGCCGGUGCAGCGAUAAACCUGUGAACGAAAGCCUCGUACCGGAAAGUACACCAAAAUCGUCCGCGAAAGUAAUGGAUAAGGAAUCUGGAAAGGCGGAAGAACUGGUAUGGCUACCUUACAUUUCUCACACCAUGUCUUUGCCGAGUUCCGGUGAGGUGACCUGUGAGACUACGACGGCAACGAAAUCGGUGAAAGACAGGCAUGAGAAGGAAGAGACGAAGGGCGUUCUGGCAGCGAAGGGUGAGUCACGGAAAACGCGUUUGGAGAGUCCGUCCGAAAAGCACAGACAUCUGAGAGGAUCGAGUCUUCGGAAGGAACGAAAGCAGCCCACCAGGCUCUGUCGAAGUCGCAGCGCAGACGCGGCUCCAGGGAGUUCAAAAUUUCUGAGCGUGUACACCACUGUGCGCAACUGCAGGAUUACGUCUGUAGAUUGUCAACGUUAUCGUAAAAGGCGGAGACAUAGCGGCUCUAGAGAGAGCGCGGCCGGCAAGUCCACUUCUGAUGGCGAGAGUAGGGAACACAAGCGUUCUCGUGAAAAGCAGAAGGAGGUCGAUGUCUACGUGACAGUGAGCAAAGUCGUUCGAGAUAUGGUGAAUACAACCGCGUGCGACAUGCAAGAAAUCACGAAAGACAGCGACAUAAGCGAUCCCGGUCUGAAGCACCUUUUCAGGGCUUUCUGCGACAGGAACGGUUACAAGUACGAAGACUUCAUGAGUGAAGGCACAGAGCACACGGCCUCCAGGGUACUGACGUCGGACGGCGGUGACGUUUCAAAGACCCAUAAGCGACGGCACCGUAAGCGGAAUUCCCAUACGCGCAUCCCUGCCACGGAAUCUACUUCUAGUCCACGAAAGCGCAGAAAAGGCGAGUCCCCGCCUCCUGCGAAGCGCAUGUUGACCAGGAGUCAACGGAAGACGACAGGUCCGGACAGGGCCGCUCCGUCCAAAGGCGAUCAUUACAAACGGCGCGACGCAUUCCUCAAUCCUCAAGGAAGUAUAAGGAAGACUCGCUUACCUUCAGCCGUACCUGAACUGUACAGCUCGCACUCGGAGUCUUCCGUAGAUCUGUCAGACGCGAUUGCCUCUCUGGAGAUUGACAGCGACGCGGGAAAGCGUUGUGCUGAACGGCCGCAGAAAGACGAACACGCGCGUGGCCAGGCUGCGUCCGUCGGACCCGAGGCAUCGAACUGUGGCUUCGCAUUGUUCCAGGCUCCUCAGAAGCUGACCGAGAGUACAAAGGAAGGUCAGUCGUUUGAAUGUGCCAAAAGUGAUAUCAAAGAUAAUGUGCAUCCAGAGAGUGACCUCCUUCCUCGUCCAGCUGCGUGCAUUGAAAGUGACAAUGACGAGGACAGGCUUGUGAUAUGUGACUCCGAACCUGAAGCAGAAACUGUAAACCCCUGCAAUGGCGACACUGUUUUAGUCGGGAGUGCUGAAACUGAAACUGUGCAUGCGAGUAUUGUGCCGGCUCUCCCUUGCGUCAAUAGUGUCGAAACCGACACUACUGUUCCUCGUGACUGUGAUACUGUUUGCGAAACGGUUUUGUGCGUGAACGACGUUCCCGUCGAAGAGUUUCAAGAGAGGACGACAGAAGGUGGGGGAGAGGAAGCGGUCAGUGAGGAGGUGCCGCGGCAGUGUGACUCAAGGGAUGAAGGAGCUGAUGGUACGGAUAACGGAGAUACCGCUGUGCAUGAGGAAAAUACACCGGCCCCUGGUGAUGGCUGUCCAAUCGCCUCACCAAUAUCAGAAACGACCGGCGAGGGAGACAAGGGAACUACGGCCAUAGACGAGGAGUGUUCCGAAGGUACGGAAAUAGAAAGCCUUAACGAGCCUAUCGAAGAAGGUCAGGAAGACGCUGGGAGCUCUUCUACAAAUGGCGCUACGGAACAGGAAGUGGAAGUCAGAGACCACUCUAGUAGCCCCUCGGACGUUCCCGAGAAUGUUUCGCGGGAAGACAAACCCGAUGAUGUAGCUGCGGUGACCGAGGCGACAGAAGGUGUUCGUCCAGAGGGCCUUGCGGACGUUCGGGAGGGCCAGAACGUGGAAGAGCUUACGGCGGACGAUCGAAUUGCAGCAGAAGAGAAGCAUCCAGGAGACGUCGCAGCGCCUUGUCCAACGGAGAGUGUGCCAUACGAAACCGAUUUCCCACGUGGGCUUCCAGGACACGAGGUCACCCCGGAGUGUUCGGAGGCCGUCGAGCGCGAAGAGGUCCAUAAAGAAGACUACGUUCACGUUAUCUCCGACAACAGCAACGAUUACGAGGAUAGCAGAGAACACGAGAAGAGCAAAUCCCAUGAGGACGAGAUAAUGGAGGAGGGCUGCCAGCACGUGGCAGGGGAAGACAACGCGCAGGAUUGCAGACCAAGUCUCCCUCCCGAAAACAUUGGAAAUGAGAAUGGCGACCGUCUUGGUUCCAGCGCUGAAUCUCCUAUAGUGGUUGAUCCAGAUGACCCUCAGGUGUCAUGCACUGCGGACAUCAAAGAAGAACCGCAGUCAGAGUCCUCAGGUCACUCCGCUGCCAUGGAUACCUCAACUGAGCUGCCGUUGAACCUUUCUGUGAAAGAUGACACUCUUCCGAAGCCGAAAUCGGACGUUCCAGUAGGAACUGUCCAUCCCCAAGUUGCCACCGCAGAGGACAGCAGCAAGUCGCGGUACGUUUCCACCAGUGACGACGACGUGCCCAUAAAUUAUUCGCACAAACGUUCCGAUCGUCCGCAAACCGAGCCCAGACCUGCCCAGACAGUCGACACGAAGGAAGACCAACCGAAGGAUCCGGCCGCCGAAUCCAUUAAAGAGGGCAUCCCGGAAUCGAUCCUUCAGAGGUUACUCCUGGACCCCAUAAAGAGCGAUAAAAUCGCUGAGCCGGGAUACCCACUGCCGAUAAUUAUCGACGUCCGAAGCUUAAGGUCGGAGAUGGAAACCGUGCAAGAACUCUAUCCAAAGAACCACGUUUUAUCCGACGCACCAAUAUCGGGGCACCCCGCACAGCUCGACUCGAAGCAGCAACAGUCCGUUACGGGACCAGCGAGGCAGUGUGCUAAGGCGUCCGUCUCGGUGCCACCCAUGACUUUCCCCGAAAAUCGACAUGGGAUGAGCACUCUGGAGAGCAAGAUAAUGGAGCUUAAAAAGCAGAUACAUCACUUGACGAUACUCGCAAAUUACAAGGAAAAAGAGCUUGGCUGUAUCAGGAACCUUCGUCUUGCCAAAGAAGAAGCGCUGAAGCAGCUGGAAUGCAAGUAUCCGUCCAUAUUUUCGCCCCCCAGGACCUGUAGAGGCACUGCUCCAGUGGCAUCCGCCUUCCACACCGACGUGCCGGACAUAGUGGCCAAGGCUGCGGCUCUCUCUGGUUUGACGGCGUCCGAGAGGAACUUCCGGGCCGCUCAGCACCGCGCUGCCUUUUCCGACACUUACUCUUCCAGUCAGACUGCGAGUAAAGACUCGGCGUUCCAAACUUUUCGCAAGAUCGCACCGAAACAGCCGUCCUGUGUCAGCGCCGAAGACAGACAUCCGCACAUCAUACCGCUUGCGGGGCCGUUCUGGAUUCCAGAUCUGGCAGCGGGUGCGAAUGCUUCGCCAAAAUCGCCGAAGCGACAUCAUCAGGACUCGACUGCUUCGCAUGCAGCUUACGAACUUCCAGCGUCGUUCCGUUGGUGGAGCCAGCGUACAUCGCCGGACGCAGCCGCUGGAUACGGCGUGCCCGCUACGCAAAACGACGUGCAUCGUGGAUCGUCGGCAUCCAUUUCGUCCCCUUCCGGUGCGUUAUUGGAUUGCAAUGCAGUGCAAAGUCACACCGCUCCUUCUCUGUCGCCGUUGCUUCACAUGAAGCAGUCUUUUACCUAUACACCGCGUUCCGUACCAAGUGACAGUGAUGAGUGUGCGCCCAGGACUAGUGAUACACACAGCAGGGACGUCAUUGUGAGUGCGCGUUCCUCGUCGGACGUCUACGCAGUGCAGACAAGUGUUUCGCCGGAUAACGUGAGAGAACCUGAGGGUGUUUUGCAGAGACGGGCUUUACACAUGUACGCGCAGCUGCUCCGAGGCAGCACGGAGAAGGACCCAAUGGAUAUCACGGCAACUCUGCUGCGAGAAAAGCAAGUUGCUGCGGGACACUCAUCUAGUCAAUCGCGUGCCUUCUAUAAUGCUAUGGACACCUGGAUGAAGACGGCGCAGAACAUUCGGGAAAACGUUGCUGGCAGCUGCACGACUCGCCGAGAGAAUGAUACCAAAGCGAUGCCCCAAGCAACCUCCAUUGAACGUCAGUUUUCAGAGCAGCAGGCGGAUACUGGUCACCACGAAGCAAGGAGUGCUGCCUCUCGGUUCAGAGCAGCUGUGUGCCUCAACUGUGGCGACCCCCGGGUUAAGUACGUUUGUAGCUGCUGCAGGACGCAGACGUUUUGCAGCGAACUGUGUCAGAUGGAGUUGUGGAGCCAUCGUAAUGGAGCAGGAAAGGAAGCCUAAUUCAUCCCGGUCCUGGUCCCCAAAUUCUUGCUGUUUCUUUUUGUGUUGUUGGUUCCUUUUUCGUCAUGGUAACAGAGUUCAUCGCUUUAAGGACCAUCGUACGUUUGAAACAUAUUUCGCUGACUGUGGCAAAUAAAUUGUCCUUCUCGUUUUA